CUUCUUCAAAUCCCUCUCUCACUUAUCUGAUACCAAAACCUUCUCCUUCAAAGCUUUCCUCAAGGAGGGAUCUAUCUCUCUCAUUUUAGACACGACAACAAUGUCCGGUUGGAUCUCUUCCAAGCUCAAAGUUGCAGAGACUCUCCUCCAGCAGAUAGACCAGCAAGCUGCCGAAUCGCUCCGCAAGAACGAGGCAUCGCGCUCUGACGAUGAUCUGAGUCAUGCUAUACCUAAGAAACCCAGUGACAUUCUGCCGCCGUUGAAAGAUCAGCUGAAGAAAAAGAAGAAAACACCGCCAGAAAAGAGUAAUUUUGUUGGUAAAUUACGCAAUGAUGGUAAUCUGAAAGUAUCUGGUAACGAGGUUGGAGGGUCGCCGAAUGUAAACCCUAAAUCUAGUUUAACCGAUAGUGAUUGGACAGAACUGCUUAGCGCUCCUAAUAAGAUCACAAGUGUUAGUAAUGGAGGAGUACCUAGGGUACCUGGUUUAUUGAAAGACGGGAAGAGGCAGGUGCGAUCUGGUUCAAAUUUAUUAGCUUUGGACAGGAAACGGAGCCAGACUGUUCAAAAUAAGAGUGCCAGGAGAUCGGAUGUUGUGUUGGGAGAUAAAGUGAAUGGUGGUAACUUAGAUGGCAAUCAGCGGAGUGACAGUUCUGAUUCAACACAAGCAAGUGUUGGAGUGCAAAGUUUAGCUGAAAAUUUGUCAAGUGAAAUGCUAGGUAAGGAUGCAAGUGGUAGUUAUGUAGUGGAAAAUGUGACUGAUAUAAAUGACGCAAGGAACAAAGAGUUAUCUGCUCCUAUAAAUAGCUUAGGGGUUUCAUACUUGACUGAUGAAAACACUCCUGAAAUGCAAUCAGAUUUUAAUCCUGUUCCUGAAUCCGAUGGAGAAGGGAAGAAUGAACAAAGCAGGUUCAAUAGCGGCAUGCUGCUGGGUAAUAAGAUCAGUGGAUUUCCAAUAACCUCUUCAUCCAGUAAGACGGAUUCUUUGUCAGUCAGUGAUGGUGAGUCGAAUAUGGAGACGGAUUCAGAUUCAACUUCAGACUCUGAGAGUGAACGUGAAAAGGAGGAGAGGAGGAAGAGGAGGGAGCAACUUCUUGCAGAGAAAGCUGCUGCUAAAGCAAUUGAAGCCAUUAAAGACCGUGAGAAUCUAGUUGCUAGAUUGGAAGGUGAGAAGCAAAGCUUAGAGAAAAUAAUUGAUGAAAGGGCCAAACAGCAAGCGCAGGAGGCUUCAGAGCUGCAAAUGACAGUGAUGGAGACAAUGGAAGCUGUUGAUUUAGAGAAGCAAAAACAUAAUAAUACAAGAAUGGAAGCGCUUAUGAAGUUGGCUAAACUUGAGACUACAAAUGCUGAGCUUGCAAAGUCCUUGGCUACUGCACAGUGGAGUCUAGAAGUAGAGGUUAAGCGGGUUGCAGAGCUUCAUAGACAAAUUGAGUUGAAGGAAGCUAAUCAUAAAGGGCUGACAUCAAAGGAAAAAAGUCAUCCAAGUGGAAAUAAAUUAACGGCUUCAAGGGGAAUUGAAUUGGAACAUGAGAUACUGGAGGCGGAGCACACUUUUGUGACAGAUAAAGUUGGACAGCUCAAAGAGAAGGUGAAGACACUUGAAACAACAAUCAAUGUGACCCGAAAGGAGAUUGAAAAUCCAACUGAAGUGGAGAUUGAACUCAAGCGAAGGCUUGGUCAGUUGACUGACCAUUUGAUUCAGAAACAAGCUCAGGUGGAGGCUCUAUCAUCAGAGAAGGCCAUGCUAAUGUUCAGGAUCGAGGCGGUUUCAAGGUCAUUGGAGGAGAGCAAAUCAUGUUUGAAACUUGGUGAUCGCCCAACGAAUGAUUUAGAAUCAGGGACUUGGGAGCCCCUAUUUCAAGAGAGGCUCCGAAAGGGGCAGAAGCAUAUCGGGUCAUUGGUUAGGCAAUUAGACUCCAUCUUCUUAACUGGUGCUACAUUCAUAAGAAGAAAUCCAAUGGCAAGAAUAUGGUCUUUUGCCUACCUUGUAUGCCUCCAUUUCUGGGUGUUGUAUAUUUUCAGAUCCCAGACUGCAGUGUCGGCCGGAUCGGGCGCUGUUAUUUCAUUGGAAAACAUCAAUAACACUGGAGUGUGAUGUCAAUUUUGCACUCUCAUGUAUAGAAUAGGCAAAACACAAGGUAUCAGAUAUGUAUAGUUUUAUAAACAAUAAUCAAAAUUCUUUUAAGUGGGAGUAAGAGAGUGAACAUAUUUGAUGAUUGUUCAGCUCUUCAGGUUCUUGAGCUUCUUCUUCAUUUUAAUAUAUAUUUUCAACAUUUGUUUGAGUGA